AUGGCACUGCCUUGUUCCCUACUUGCAUGCUACUUCAAGAUCCUGGUCUUUGACUUGGCUUUCUCACCAAAUCUUAAUCCUCCCGUUUAUGAUCCGACCAAAUAUGCAUCUCUCGACGGCCAUGCUCAAGACUUGACGUCCCUUCAACUUCAACAACACUAUAUACAUUGGUCAUUCCAUGUCUGCUGUGAUUGGAUGCUUAGCUGCAACGAAGAAUCCACAGCUCUUUCAACAUCUAAUCCAGCGUGGAGGUUCUUCAAGCAAAAUUAUUCAGGUUGGGCUCACAGCUUUGCUCCAAUUGCUGUGGGGGUGAACGACCCGAAUGCUAUUGUUCAGUUUGAGAGCAAUUUGGGGAGGAUGAAACCAGAAGUUGCUCUAAGUGUUGCUGAAACAGUUUUCCUGAGUGAUAUAAGAUGGGUUCUGCCACGAGUUCUGGUGCCUUGCCCAAUAAUUCAGUGUCAGAAGGACGAUAUUGUCCCAAAUUCUGUUGCGUUUUACAUGAAGAGCAAGCUGGGUGUCCAUGCUUCGGAUUUUCGAGACACAAGGUCAUCUUCCUCAGCUCACAGCUCACUCGUUAUUGUUGAGAGUUCUCAAGAAAUCUGUCAACAACGUGAUCGAAACAGAAAAGAGGCUUAUUCAAAGUUUGACUGA